AUGGAUCAACGAGAACUCUUGGAACAAACAGAAAAAGAAACAAUAAAUAAAACUUCUUCGAUAUCUGAUAUUGAUCAAUUAUGUAAUUUAAUUGAUGAGAGUACAUUUGGUGGUUGUGUUCAAGGAUCUUCAUCUAAAUCAUCUAAUUUAUCAUUACGAUUUCGUUCAGUUCCCUCUUGUCAAGUAAAAGCCUUUCGUUCUUCUCGUCUGAAACGUUUAAAUUCAUCAUCAAUAUCAAAAGUUCAAGAAGAAGUCGAUGGUGAUGACACUGAAAAAGUCUCUUGUCGUUCAUUAGUUCCAUAUACACGUCGAACAUUUUCAAUGCGUUUUUCUCUUUCAUCUCCAUCAUUACUUAAUCGAUUUCGUUCUUUAUCAACAUGUCAUUUUCCUCAAUCUCGUCGUAAUUCACAUCUAUCAUCUAAUAUUCGAUCACAUCAUAUUCGUUAUUCAUCACCAACAACAAUAACUUUAUUUCGUACGAAAUCUAUAUUACCAUCUAUUGUUGAAGAAGAAUCAAAUAUUGAUAAUCGAUCACCAUCACCAACACCAUCACAAUCUCAAUUAUCAUGUACGAUUGUUGAUACACGACGGCCAACAGCUAAUUCAUGUAAUGUUGAAGAAUUAGCUGCUUAUCUUGACAAUUUUCUUUAUUUACCAAAAUCAUUAUCUGGUGCAGCUGAACUUAUGUAUACAUAA